AUGAUAAUUCGUUCAAAUGUGGAGAGAAAAUCUAAAGCCUCUGGCACCGUUGCGCACAUCCUCGCCAUGGUGGAGUUGGAACCUGCUGUUUGGAACUUUACGCUCAAAUUAGAUAAUGGCACACGCACUAAUGAGACAGUACCAGGAUAUCCAGCUGAUGAGUAUUAUAACAUUGUUUACGUCACGGAAACCAAAAUCCUUCCAGCAUUUAUUGGAUUUCUGUGCUCCACCGGGCUUGUUGGAAACGUUCUUGUUUUGGUGACUAUUUUAAGGUCAGCCAAAAAGACAGUACCAGAUGUGUAUGUGAGUAACUUGGCUGUGGCCGACCUGGUCCAUGUGAUCGUCAUGCCAUUUCUUAUUCACCAGUGGGCACGUGGAGGGCACUGGGUCUUCGGCAGUACCCUCUGCACAAUCAUCAUCUCUCUUGAUAACUGCAACCAGGUGGCAUGCUCUGCAGUCAUGACCGCUAUGAGUUUGGACAGAUAUCUGGCCCUUGUUCAUCCAUUCCGCCUGCUGAGCCUCCGGACCAGAUCCAGGACAAUUCGUAUUAACCUCUUUGUGUGGGCGGCCUCCUUGAUCAUGGUUCUACCAGCCUGGGUCCACUCCAAAGUGAUCCGCUUCAGGGAUGGGCUGGAGAGCUGCUCCCUCAACCUGGUCUCUCCCAAAGAGGUGCUCUGGUACACACUAUACCAGACAGUGACCUCCUUCUUCCUGCCAUUACCUCUGAUCCUCACCUGCUAUAUACUGAUUCUCUGCUACACCUGGAGAAUGUACCGCAAGAACAAAAAGGCUAACAGGUAUAAUACUAGCCUACCUCGGGAGCGUGUGGUCCGCCUCACUAAAAUGGUCCUCGUUCUGGUAGCUGUUUUCCUGGUCAGUGUUGGACCCUACCACGUGCUGCAGCUAGUUAAUCUUAGUGUACCUCGGCCCUCUUUAGCAUAUCACACCUGCUACUACCUGUCUGUGUGCCUGAGCUACGCUGCCAGCAGCAUAAACCCAUUCAUCUACAUUCUGCUCAGCGGACACUUCCGCCACAGGCUGGUCUGUCGAGACACUCCCAGCAUGCCGAGUGUGGAACGGGAGAUCCAGCCCCGCUCCAGUUUUGAAUCCCAAUUAAAAACCCUUUGGAAAAUGUGA